GACGGGCAGAGCCGAGGGUAGGUGCUUUUUGUGGAUCGGGAUACCCUCCACACUUAACUCGGCGCCAUUUUGAAGGGAAGUGCUGAGGGCAAGUAAGCACUUAAGGUUUAGGACGCAGCCGUUUAGUUUAUUCUAAAAAAUGGCGGCCCUUCUUCAGCCAGACAGAGUGCUGUAUCUGGUCUGCGGUGAAAAGAAAAUCUACGCUCCGCUAUCUCAUCUUUACUUCUGCCGAUACUGCAGUGAACUGCGCUCUCUGGAAUGCGUUUCUCAUGAGGUGGAUUCUCACUAUUGUCCAAGCUGUUUGGAAAAUAUGCCCUCAGCUGAGGCCAAGCUUAAAAAGAACAGGUGUGCCAACUGCUUUGAUUGCCCAUGUUGCAUGCACACUUUAUCCACUCGUGCCACCAACGUUCCCGCCCCUCUGCCUGAUGAUCCUGCUAAGACCACCCUGAAAAAGGCCUACUACCUUGCCUGUGGCUUCUGCCGCUGGACGUCGCGUGAUGUGGGCAUGGCCGACAAGUCUGUUGCCAGUGGAGGAUGGCAGGAGCCAGAGAGUCCACACACUCCACGGAUCAACAAGCUGAUAGAGUAUUAUCAACAGCUGGCCCAACGUGAGAAGCUGGAACGGGACCGAAAGAAACUGGCCCGACGUCGUCCCUACAUGCCACUGGCCUUCUCGCAACACACUAUUCACGUUGUGGAAAAGUAUGGCCUUGGUACCAGGCUUCAGCGGCAGAGGUCUGGAGCACCAAUCACUAGUCUGGCAGGACUUUCACUAAAGGAAGGGGAGGACCAGAAAGAGAUCAAGAUUGAGCCAGCACAGGCAUUGGAUGAGGUGGAGCCCCUUCCUGACGAUUUCUACAUUUGGCCUGUUAGCCUUCCUGAAGUGACUACCUUGCGCCAGCGCUUACUGCAGCCAGACUUCCAGCCAGCUGGAGCCUCACAGCUGCACCCAAAACACAAACAUCUCCUGAUCAAGCGUUCACUCCGCUGCAGGAAAUGUGAGCACAACUUGAGUAAGCCGGAAUUCAACCCAACAUCAAUAAAAUUCAAAAUCCAACUGGUGGCAGUGAAUUACAUCCCUGAAGUAAGAAUUAUGUCCAUUCCAAACCUACGAUUCAUGAAGGAGAGCCAGGUGCUGCUGACUCUUACCAAUCCAGUGGAGAGUGUCACCCAUGUCACCCUGGUGGGCUGCGAAGAGGGUGAUCAGGAGGACAUUAACAGCACUGCCAAGGUUGUGUUACCCUCCAAAGAGCUGGUGCUGGCAGGGAAGGAUGCGGCAGCAGAGUAUGAUGAGCUGGCCGAACCACAGGACUUCCAGGAUAAUCCAGAUGUGGUGGCUUUCAGGAAGUCCAACAAGAUUGGCUUCUUCAUCAAGGUGAUUCCACAGCGUGAGGAGGGUGAGGUGACUGUGUCAUUCAAGAUACACCAUGACUUCCGCAACCUGGCCACCACUGGCCGACCUAGUGAGGAAGGAGAGAUGCCCAAUGAGACCACCUGGCUAACCCACCAUGUGGAACUGAGCUUAGGUCCAUUGGCACCCUGAGAUGCUACUAUCAUUGCCCAACCCUUACGUACACAAAGCACAAUCACCCCACCACCAAGGACUUCCAUAUUCACCUUUCUCUGAACCAAUGGAUCAGCAUCCACUCAGAGCAACUGUUAAGUAUGUUUUUCUGCACACCUUGGACCGCCCUCCAACUACAUAUGUUUUUUUUUUUUUUUGGUGAAAAGGAACUUUUUGUCAUUUGCAGAAGUAGUGGAAUAUAGGAUUUAUAUACAAAUGUGGGCAAAUUUGUUGGUACCCUUCCACGAAAAAAGAAGAAUGCACAAUUUUCUCUGAAAUAACUUGAAACUGACAAAAGUAAUUGGCAU